GUACGUAGACUUCUUUUGGAAUUUACCAAGGCCGACCAAGCCGACUCCUUCUGUCUUGAGGUUGUUUCCAAGGCAACCCUACCCUCCUCAACCAGACUUCUGAAUACUCUGACUUUAGCUAGUGACGUCUUAUCUGCCCCAGCCUAUAGCUGGCUUGAUAAAUACAGGUAA